UAUACAACCCCGAGCUCAAAGCUUAGCCAUUACCUAGACACUGAACGUGAUCAUUCCAUUAUCGACCAUGUCGUUAUUCGCCGGAACGAGUUUUGUAGCGGAUCCCAACAAGCCGGCGUCCGAGAACACAGCGAGCACGCCCACGGCCAUCGCCGCAACGAGUUCAGGUCACACUGGCGUACAAGAUGGAAGUACGACGAAUAAUGCAACAGGAACCAGCGGAGUAACUCGUCCAAUCGUAGGGGCUGGUACUGAGAUCCCGGUAUCCUCUUCGAGCACGGCCAAUAAGACGGGGUGGUCCGCUGCUCUUCGGUUCGCUCCGGCAGCUUCGAGGAAACCGAAAGCUGUUUCCAAACCUUCGACAUCCACGAAUACUACGACAACAGCGACGACCACGACAAUCCCUAGCGGCUUCAAACCUGUCUCUAUAAACGCACCUAGCACCUCCUCGACGUUCUUCGCGGCCCCAGUUGUCCUCGCUUCGGAACCGAAAGAGCCUGGGGUGCCGUCGACAUUGACUUUGGUGGACGGAAAGAAGACUUUCAAACCACCCUCGAUGACGCUAGAGGGUAUUAUACCCGGAGGAGGAGCGGGAAGUAAGAGAGGGCACCCGGGCGGGGAGGCCGAUGGGAGGGGGAAGAAACGUUGGAAGAAGAACAAAAAGAAACAAUUCGAAAUGCCCGUCCACAUCUUCCAGCCUCACGAGCUCUACAACCCCGCUGAACCCAACGAUUUGCAGCUGUACAAAGAGUACAGGAAGGCUAAGCGGGAGGAAACGAGGGUCAGACGUAAGGAGGAGGAAGAGAGGAAACGGAGAGGAAGUGAGAGUGAGGCGAGUUAUUAUUCGGAGGAUGAGCGGGAAGAGCAGGAGGUCAGGAGGGAUGCUCCUAGGACGUUUGCACCUCCCACAUCCUUCUACAAUAGCCAGCCUGGAGAACCUCCUGCGCCAAAUUACACAGAGACGGCUCCUCCGCCGGACGAAGUUGAUGCAGCUCGAAGGCAGGCGAUGCAAUAUAACAAGAACGAGACGGCGGAUGAGGCUUAUGCUAGGCGGUUGGCGCUUUCGCAGCCUCAAGCGCAGAUACAACCGGUACCGCAAUUUCAAGUGGGGACGGGGAUUGGGGUCGGGUCUGGAACGAACAGGGCGGAGACCGCCGAUGAGGCUUAUGCGAGACGGGUGGCCAUGUCAGCCGGCGGUGGAGGCGGCGGUUUGGGGUCAAGUGCUGGGUCUGGAACCGGAUACGGAGCGGGUUUGGGAGCCGGCGCGGGUGGGCCUCCAGCCUUUGUCAGACCGGCAAGUUCGAUCCCGACGUUCGUCGCUUCGAACAACACCUUGGUCCCACCUACAUCGAUGCCGCCUCCCUCCACGAGCUCUCCAGCGCCAGCAUUCGUUCCUUCUGCACCUGUUCCGAGUGCGGUCCCGGCGGAAGACAGGGCGGCUCAGAUACAACAACGUAUCGCUGCCGCCAAAGCUAUCGCCGAAAAGAUCGCUGCUCUCAAAGGUCCGCCGGCUGAAGAAGAGGUUCGGGCAGUGGUGAAAGAGGUCGAGGAAGUGAAAGACACGACGGGCAUGAGUGGAGAAGAUGUUGUGGCCAUGCUUGCCAAGGAGGUGGAAGCCAAGACCGGGUCGACCGAGGCGCCGACGGGGACAUUCGCAGAGAGGAUGAUGAAGAAGUGGGGCCAUCAAGAGGGUCAAGGACUCGGCAAACAAGGCGAUGGAAUCAUCCACGCCUUGGCGGCGGAAAACAUCGACGCAUCGAAAAAGAAGAGUCGAAGCGGAUGGGUUCAGGCGAGCUCGUCCAAGGGAAAACUGAUCAACUCGAAUCAAGAUACGAGGCGACAGGAGGACAAGGAGAAGUACGGAGAACCGAGUCAAGUGGUCUGUCUUUCGAACGUCUUGGCUAGUCCGGACAUGGCGGAUGAGGAUCUGCAAGCCGAUAUUGGCGAUGAGUGCGGGAAACAUGGAAUUGUCGAGCGAGUCGUCAUGCAUGUCGUUGAUCCACCACCAGCCGAGCCUUCAGACGGGUUCCGUAUAUUUGUCGUCUUUUCCGGCCUGGCAGGAGCUUGGCAGACCGUCAAGAUGCUCAAUGGCAGGAUGUUUGGCGGCAGAGAAGUGCGUGCGACGUACUUUGAUAAGGGUAGAUUCGAUCGAGGCGAUCGAUCGGGCCGUCUGUUGUAAAGAUUGUAGGGGAUGUGUCUUGUUUGUGUCUUGUUGAAGAUGUGGACAAGGACUCUCGGUGGAAAUUCGUUCCUCACCCAUGGAAUUUCCCUGAUACGUUCGCGCUGUAGAGGCGAACCAUCACGAGGCUUGACGGCACA